GAAAAGGCUGGAAGUUAAGGAGGGUUGGGCGUUGGAAGAAUAAUGUUUAUAUAUAAGGCCUGUCGGAGCUCACUUUCAGCCCUUGUUCGACGCUGAGAAGACGGUUCUUCGUUCGCAAAUCGCAGAGUAACAAGAAGCUACUUCGUUCUUCAGCAAUGGAUGCCACGGAGUUCAGAAAGUUCGGUAAAGCUGCUGUCGACUACCUAGCCGAUUACCUGGAAAAUCUACGGGACAGACCGGUACUGCCUUCAGUGGAGCCCGGCUACCUACAAAACCUUAUCCCGGGGGACGCGCCAGAGCAGCCAGAGAAGUGGCAGGACAUUCUCGUCGACAUUGAACGGGUCAUCAUGCCCGGGGUCACGCACUGGCAUUCGCCACAUUUUCAUGCGUACUAUCCAACUGCAAACUCCUAUCCCGGAAUCGUGGGAGAAAUGCUGAGUGCUGGCAUUGGCUGCAUCGGAUUUAGCUGGAUCACGAGUCCUGCUUGCACUGAGCUUGAGGUGGCCAUGAUGGAUUGGCUGGGAAAGCUCAUACAGCUUCCCCGCGAGUUCCUCAACUGUUCCGAUGGUCCAGGUGGGGGCGUCAUCCAGGGAUCGGCGAGCGAAGCGACACUGGUGGGUUUGCUCGCAGCCAAGGAGCGAUCGGUCAGGAGGAUCCAAAAGCUACAUCCUGACUGGGACGAAGGAACGAUCAAGGCGAAGCUCGUAGCCUACUCUUCAGAUCAAUCCAACUCUUCUGUAGAGAAGGCAGGAUUAUUGGGUUCUAUGCCCAUGCGCCUCUUACCAACAGAUGAAAAAUGCCGGCUGAGGGGAGCAACCCUGGAACAAGCCAUCAAGAGCGACCGGGAGAGGGGCCUUAUCCCUUGCUACGUGGUGGCGACGCUAGGAACUACAGGAACGUGCGCCUUCGACUGUCUGGAAGAGUUGGGUCCGAUCUGCAACAAAGAAGAACUCUGGCUACAUGUCGAUGCCGCGUAUGCAGGGUCUGCGUUUAUCUGUCCUGAGUUCAGACACCUCAUGGCUGGAGUAAAUUAUGCGGAUUCUUACAACUUCAACCCACAUAAGUGGAUGCUCGUAAAUUUUGACUGUUCAGCAAUGUGGGUAAAGGACUCGCAGUACCUUAUUGAGGCGUUUAGUGUGGAUCGAAUUUACCUGAAGCAUCAACAUCAAGGCCGAACGCCAGACUACAGGCACUGGCAGAUUCCACUCGGCCGUCGAUUCCGGUCCAUCAAACUGUGGAUGGUGUUGAGGCUGUACGGGGCAGAGGGCCUUCAACAGCACAUCCGACGACAAGUGGGACUGGCACGUGAGUUCGAGGCCCUCUUGCGGGGAGACAGCCGCUUUGAGAUAGUCACAGAUAUCAGCAUGGGCCUCGUCUGCUUUCGCCUUAAGGGCGCAGACUCUCUGACGAAGAACCUCCACGAGCGUCUAAUGGAGAGUAAGAAGAUCUACAUAAUAGCCGCUACAUUCCGGGACAAGCACAUCCUCCGGUUUGUGGUGUGUAGCCGCAUCACGGAAUCGCGAGACAUCGCCUUCGCAUGGGAGGAGAUCCGUAGUCAGGCUGAGCAAGUCCUGCACAGUGACGCACCGGUCCACUUCCCCAAGACACACAACCACGUUAAAUUUAACGGGCUUCGGAAGAACUGUCCCAACAAUGAGCUCAAAGUCAACGGAAACACAAAUGGGCAAGGAUAAUGCAACGGGCAUUUCAGUGAAGUAGCAUUUUCAGCGGCGGUUGAGGCUAAUCUGGUGAUAAAUUGUACGCAUGGUGUUUAUAAAACAAAGAAAUCGUUUCCUUCUACUA